AUGGACAUGUCCACAUUAAUUCGUAAUGCAGAUCGUUUAGCCGAAUUCGAGGCUUAUAUUUCAAUAAUUCCUGUUGGUGAACAUCGAAUUGGUUCGUUAAGUAGCCAUGAAAAGGAAUUAACCCGUUUAUGGGAAGCUGUUCGUUCAGCAUACGAUACUUUGUUGAUCGAAGCUGAACAAUUGAAAACCCCACAAAUCGUUGAAGUGAAGUCCAGGUAUAUGGCUUCUUAUAGUACCUACACUCGUGGUAUCUCCUUGAUCACGACCCAUUUGGACAAUUUAAAAUCCGCUGCUCAGGCAGAAAAGUCCAAUGAUCAUGGAGCAAGUUCAAUACCACUCGUUCAUUUACCCCCUUGUGACACCCCAAUUUUCUAUGGUGACUAUAAGAACUGGCCUUCAUUCCGAGACAUGUUCUCUGCGUUGUAUGGCAAUAACCCCCGUUUGACCCCAGUACAGAAAUUGUACUAUUUAUUGCAGAAAACUGCAAAAGAUGCUCAUGAUGUCAUACAAACUGUUCCAUUGACUAACGAUGGCUAUGCAGUGGCAUGGAAAAAGUUAGUUGACACAUAUGAGAACAAAGACGCCCUCAUAAAUGAACAGCUUCGUACUCUUUUGAGUAUUAAACCCCUUACCCAAGAAACAGGCCCGAAUAUUAAAAAUCUGCAACGGACGCUUAAUGAUUGUAUUACGAAUCUUUCAUUAUUAGAAGUUACCCCGGAAAUAUUUUAUCACGUCAUGUUAGUGUAUAUUUGUGCUACAAAGCUACCCGAAAAUACUUUAAGUCUCUGGGAACAGUCCAAGAAACUUUGUCCAAAAUCUCCAAAGUGGGAAGAUAUGGACGCUUUUUUGACAGCUCAUUUCAAAACUCUUGAGUCUAUUUCUGAUAUAAGACAGUCCAACCCAGUUCAAAACAAACCCCAGAAUACUGUGUCGAAAAAGAACUCGAGUUUUAACCCCCCAAAGAAAUCAUUUAAUGACUCUAGAAGAGUUCAAAGUUUUGCGACAAACACUACCCCGAGUCCCACAGUUUGUCGUUGUUUCCUUUGUCAAGGACCACACCCCCUAAGACUUUGUCCUAACUUCUUGAGUCAGAGUGUAGAUGAUAGGCUGUCAACUGUCAAGAGACUUAGGUGUUGUUCAAAUUGUUUGGCGACUUCUCACGAUUUUAAGAAUUGUAGAAGUACUCAUGUUUGUUCGUUGUGUAGACAGAAGCAUCACUCUUUGCUUCAUAGAGAUCCUAGGUCGCAAGGUCAAGGUUCGCAAAUUUCACCCCAGCUCCCUAUAGCUUCUGGUACAAAUGUACCAAUUCAACCCCCGCAUAUUCAAACCUUAUCUAACCAAACCCAGCACAAUAUAAACCCAGUUCCAGCAAGCAAUCAAAAUCAACACCCUCCUAAUUUUCCCCCAUCAACUUCUGCAGCGACUCAAAACGUUCAUACGUAUGCUGCACAUCUGAGCCCUAACCCCCAUUCCACAGUCCUUUUGGGCUCGGCUAUUUGUAUAGUCCAUUUUGACCAUCUCAGAUGUACAGCAAGAGCGCUAGUUGACCCUGGUUCGCAAGGUACCUUUAUCUCUAGGAGAUUACAAAGGAAGCUUGCAAUACCAACAUUUUCGGUGCCAUCGAUAAAUGUUACUGGUAUGAUGGAUUGCUUGGCUGGAAAUUCCUCGACUAUGUGCGUUCUUACUAUUGGUUCUCCAAUAGACCCGAGUUUCAAAUUGAAAAUUUGUGCAUAUGUAGUCGAGAAGAUUACCGGUCGGUUGCCCUCUUGUUCUCUUACAGAUAUUGUAAGCUCUAGUUUUCCCGAUAUUACCAUGACCGACGUCAUGUGUACCCGUAUGGAUAUUCUAUUAGGAGGAAAUGUUUAUCCAAAAAUUUUAACUUCGGAUGUUAAAAAGCAUCCGAAUGGCAACCUGAUCGCCCAGAGAACAGUUUUUGGUUGGAUAGUAACUGGUGAAGUUUUUCAAUCUGAACCCCCUUAUACUAUUGCAUCGUUUUGCAAUCAAGUGGAGCUGAACGCUCAACUCGCUCGGUUUUGGGAACUUGAAGAAGUUCCACAAGCGACACGGUUGUCGGAAAAUGAGGAAUAUUGUGAAGAACUUUACCGGACUACUACCUAUAGGAACCCCGAUGGUCGCUAUGUAGUUUCACUCCCUUUUCGUCGGGAAUUUCUUAAUGAAGUGACAUUAGGAGAUUCUCGACAUAGUGCUCUGUCCCAGUUUAGGCGAAAUGAAACUCGACUUUUGAAAAACCCCGAUCUAAAAUCACAGUAUGAUACUGUAAUUAGAGAGUAUUUCGAAAUGGGACAUAUCAGAGCAGUUAACCCCCCGAGUUCAGAUGCGACUAAUUAUUAUUUACCGCAUCAUGCAGUAUUUAAACCCGAUAGUGUGACCACUAAACUUCGUGUGGUAUUUAAUGCCUCGAACCCAUCCUCCAAUGGCGUAAGCCUUAAUAAUGUCUUGUACCCCGGUCCUGUUUUACAGGCAGACCUAACGGUCUUAAUCCUACAAUGGCGACUCUUUCGUUACGUUUUUAACGCUGACAUUGAGAAAAUGUAUCGCCAAAUUUUAAUUCAUCCCGAACAGACACAAUUUCAACGGGUCUUGUACCGCUGUAGUCCCGAAGCUGAUAUAAAGGACUAUGAGCUAAAUACUGUCACAUUCGGAGUGAAUUGUGCGCCGUAUUUAGCGAUUCGAACUCUUUUACAAUUGGCCAACGAUUGUAAACCCCUAAGUCCGUUAGCAUCUGAAAUUUUGAAAACCCAAAUGUAUGUCGACGACGUACUUGCUGGCUCUCAUGAGCUAGAAGACGCUUUUAGGAGACGUAUUGAACUUACCCAUGUUCUUGAAUCGGCUGGUUUCGUUUUGAGAAAAUGGACUGCCAAUCACAUACGUCUCUUAGAAGAUUUACCCCGUGAGAAUCUGCUUGAUGCAGACUUCUUAAAAUUUUCAGAUGCUAGUACAACAAAAACCCUAGGCUUGCGAUGGAAUGCAGAAACUGACAGUUUCUACUUCCGACUCAUAUCGCAGCCACGCCGGGAUAUUGUGACUAAACGUGCUGUCUUGUCAGAAAUAGCUAAGCUAUUUGACCCCGUCCGGUUGGCUAUCCCCAAAAAUCAUUGUUGCUAA